AUGGCAUUUGAUUCUGAGACUUUUAAGUUUGAUACUCCUCAAUUCGACGCUCGGUUCCCCAUGACCAACCAAACCAAGAGAUGUGCUCAAAACUACGUUGAUUACCACAAGUGUGUUAAUGUUAAAGGUGAAGACUUUGAACCAUGUAAGAUCUUUUUCAAGACCUUUACAUCCUUCUGUCCAUUGGACUACGUUGAGAAGUGGGAUGACUUGAGAGAAGCUGGUAAGUUUCCAUUCGACCUUUCUGCUUAA